CAUUGUCUUUUUGUUUGACAAGGGAGAGACCACCUCCUCACCCAACAGUGUACUUCUGAUGAGCAGGUGGCAGAGCUUGUGAAGAUGUUGGAAAAAGUAGGCAUGCAGCAGACUCGCCACGGGCGUUACUUGUCAGCUCCUGUGGCCGAUAUCCUGAAGCCGUUUUCUCACUGGCUGAGGAGACGCAAGUUCGUUUUUCAGCUCAUCAAGGAACUUGGUCAACGCAAACUUGGAGCGGUAGCAGUAGAGGUGGUUCUGUUUGUUGGGAAGGGAAACCUGAGAAAACAGCGGAAAAUGGAGCAGGCAUUGGGGGCAGCAAGUACUGGUGAGCAGAGAAUCUCACAUCAUGCUUUCCAGGGUCUGGGAGUGAAGGCAGGCAACAGCAAUGGCGAAGAAUGGUGGCCUCUAUUGGGCGUGGAUGACUACUGUCACACAGCUGUAUUGUCAGCGCUUGGAAAGUCGAAAGAGUUCGACCUUGCCCAAGAAAUGUUCGAUUGGUUGCGACAAAGCGGGAACACCUUAACCACCUUCACAUGCAACGUCAUGUUGGGCAUCCUUUGCCGAGCGAACAGAGUGAGAGAGGCCGAAGCUCUGCUGCGGAAGAUGGGACCCAGGCCGCCGGUCAAAAUCGCAGGAAAGGAUAAUGUGGCAGCUCCUCCUCAGCAUGGGGAACCGAAGAAUGCAAUUCUCCAUAAGCCACCGGGUAUUCUUUCAGGAGGAAGUGGUGCCUUGGUUGGCAGUACGGUUAGUGUCGGGACAGCUGGGACGUACGAGGAGGGACACAUGUGCAAGCUCUACGUGGAGCGGCAGGGUUUAUCUGCGAGAAUCUCGCAGCGAAUGAAUGUAGUUGCUGACAAAGCCAGCGAGUCACCACUCACACUCGACCUACGACUCAAUGUGGAUGGUGCAGCAAAUGACACACGUGGGCAGACGUGUGGCCAAGCUCCUGUUCGAGACGAGGUGAUCCCUCGUGUGCAAGUCAGCAAGACGGCUUCCCAUUUGUCUGGAUCAAGGAGUGUGGGCAUCAGUUCUGCUGUGCCGCAGACUGUGGGCCAUAUCCGUGAAGGCCAUGCAGAUCCUCUUCCGGGUAAUGUCCAUGCUACUGCUGCUGCCGCAAGACAGGACUUUCAGAAACUUUCAUCCUCCUCAGAUUCGACACAAUUAAAUGAGGAGCUUGAGAAGCGUCGUUUUACGUCUGCUAAUCCAUCUAUCCCUUCCUCUAUUCCUUCUUCUGUUUCCUCUUCUGCGUCUGUUGCUUCUGCUGUUCCUUCUUCUGUUUCUGUUCCUCAUCCUGUUCUUCCUGUUUCUUCUUCUGUUUCUUCUUCUGUUUCUUCUUCUGUUUCUUCUUCUGUUAUUUUUUCUGUUCCUUUGUCUGUUCCUUUGUCUGUUCCUUUUUCUGUUCCUUCUUCUGUUCCUUCUACUGAUUCUGAUCCUUAUUCUGUUCCUUCUUCUGUUUCUUUUCCUCUUGCUCCCUCUUCUGUUUCUGUUCCUUCUUCUGCUGCUUCCUGUGUUCCAAGUUCUGCGUCUGUUCCCUAUUCUGUUCCUUCUUCGGUCCCUUCUUCUGUCCUGUCUUCGGUUUGUGCUUCUCUUGAUGGGACUGAUGCUGGACAAGCUGUUGGCCACGUCGAAUGCAAAUCGUUUCGUCAUAGCUCCAGUGGUGUGGUGGAAAAUGAUGGUGUACCUGCACACGGACAUGUACAAAGCAGGAAGAAUCCUUCACACGAGUGCCAUACACAAGGAGGUCUGCGGAAUCGCUCUGCAGGCAGCCAGACAAAGACAGCAUGCAAGAGAGACACUGUUUCAUAUAAUAUAGUCAUUGGAGGAUAUGGGAGGAAGGGAGAAUGGCGAAAGGCCUUACAGCUAUGGCAGAUGAUGAAUGAAGAUGGAGUGGUCCCCAGUUCCAUUACUUGCAACCUGGUCAUGAGAGUGUGUGAGCAGGUUGGAAAAUGGCAGGAGUGUGCGCAGGUGUGGAAGGAGAUGAGAGAAAUGUGGGGGAUCGCUGCAAGCGAUUAUACUCUGUCUAUUCUUGUGAGCAGUUUUGGAAAAGCGGGUCGGUGGGCAGACGCGCUUGCACUCGUUGGGGAGCUGAGGAUGUCUCGGUCAGAAUCUCCCUUUGUAUCGGUACAAACAUACAACAUGCUUAUCCACGCUUGCACUGUUGCCGGAGAAUCGGGAGCCGCAAUGCAGGCAUUCGAAUGGAUCAGAGAAGAUGAGCUCACUCCAGAUGUAGUAACAUUCAAUACCCUGAUCAGUGCAUUUGAAGCUGCUGGGAAAUGGAAGCAGGCAUUGCGAAUCUAUGAGAUGAUGUGUAUGGCAGGUUGUAAUGCAGAUGCAGUCACACAAACACAACUCAUAUGUGUCUACAUCACAGCUGGCAUGCACAAGAAAGCCCUCCAGGUGUUUCUUGACAUGAUUGAUGACAGGGCAGAGGCUCCGGGAGAUAUCAGGAGUUGGAACGCUGCGCUUACUGCUUGCGCACAGGGCCGUAUGGCUUCGCAAGCGAAGUACUUGUGGUCGGAACUGCAAAGAAGAGGUGUGCAUCCAAAUGCUGUGACUUACACAAUGAUGAUUGAUGCCAUGGGAAAGAGCGGCGACUUAGAGACUGCCAUAAUGUUGCAUGAGGAAAUGCAAGAAAACAGACAUCGCCCAACGGUGAUAACUUUCAACACCCUUAUAAGCGCAUGCUCCAGGCGCCGCGACUUCUUAAAGGCAGCCCGAUUCUUUGACUUGAUCACCAAGUCGGGAUUGCAACCAACUGUUGUGUCAUACAAUGCAUUGAUCCAAGCUUGUGGACGAGCCAGCGAGGGAGUGCAGGCCAUGGUAGCGUUCAAGAGGAUGCUUCAGAGCAGCUUGAAUCCAGACGGUACGACCUACAAGCUCUUGCUGGAUGCUCUUGCUGUUAGUGGUCUUGCAGAAGACGCAUUGGAUGUUCUCUGCCAAAUGAGGAGCAUCGGGAUGACAGUAACGGCACUGCAUUUUUCUAGGAUUAUCGAUGCAUGUGUACGUGGUGAGGAAUUUGAAGCAGCCCUUGAACUCUACGAAGAGAUCCAGGCGGAAGGCCGCAGCAGUCUGCACCCGUUGACUUGCAUGUGCGCGCUUCGUGCCUGCGCCCACCUCGGUCGCUGGCAGAUGGCGGCUGCCAUUUUGGUCGAGUUUCGUAAGCUGCUUUGUCCUCGAGAACCCGGCAGCGAUGCCUAUAACCUGGUUAUCGGCUCAUGUGAAACUGCAGGAAGGAUGGCUGCCGCAAAGGAGGAGGCAGGGGAUGAAUCAGGAUGGAAUGACGAUGAGAACAGCGAGGAUGCGAGAAAGGACGCAGCCGCGACCGGUCAGUGGCUUUGGCUUGAUGCAGCCAUGGCGACAUAUGAGGACAUGCAAAGACGAGGUGUACGCCCAAACUUGCAAACUUAUGCCACAGUGAUCAGAGCCCUGGAAAGCGGUGGCCAAUGGCAUCAAGCAAUGGAGAUAUAUUCAGCAAUUCGUAUGCGGCAGGAGAGCUGACAGGUGUGCCCGAAUUGAUACGGAGCCAGGGCCAUAAGGACCUGUUUUUCUCAAACAAAAAAAAAAAAAGGAGGAGAGUUGACUGGUCGAGAGAGCGAAAGUCGGCAAGGAAAGUAAGUCAGUCAGAAAGAACUACAGUCUUCACUGGAAUAGAGCGCUCGGCCAUUGUCGCCGUAUCUGGACUGAAAGUUGCCCCAUGUACGGCUAUAAUUACCGGGUGUUCUAUUCGGGUGAAGACAGUAGUGACUAUUUAAUCUUGUGGCUUUUCCUCGCAACGAGUGACAGACUGCCACAGAAAGACGGGAAAAGAGGGAGAGAGCACCCUUCAUGUCGUUGUGUCAUGCAGUGAGAGUGCACCCUUCAUGCCUUCAUGUCAUGCAGUGAGAGAGCACCCUUCAUGUCCCCCCCGCUUCCCCCCCCCCGAGAGCCAUAAAGUUCGCCGCUGGAUGCUGCGAGCGUGAACGCAAAAUCCAGAGGUGUGUAUGCCCACAUUUUUCAGCUUCAGAGGCUCGAGUGAGGGGGUUUGUGAUCCGCUAAUAAUAGCUUCAGGGUAUAUUCACACUAGGACUUCUUCCCACAGUCAUAAUGGACGGAAUUGCAGUCAGAUGCAUCCAGGUGGGGCUGCAAAUGCGGUCAGAUACCUUUAAAAUACAGCUGGUGUCAGUAGCUGCUCGCAAAAUC